GCAGGAGCGGCUGAGAGCCACGUUCUGGCCGCUGGCACUGCGCGCGGAAGACCAUGUCCGGCGGCGGCAGCUGCAGCCAGACCCCAAGCCGGGCCAUCCCCGCCACUCACCGGGUGGUCCUCAGCGACAGCGUGCAGCUACCCCCCGGGGACUACAGCACCACCCCCGGCGGCACGCUCUUCAGCACCACCCCGGGAGGUACCAGGAUCAUCUAUGACCGGAAGUUCCUGAUGGAGUGUCGGAAUUCACCUGUGACCAAAACACCCCCCAAGGACCUGCCAGCCAUUCCGGGGGUCACUAGUCCUAUAAGCGAUGAGCCCCCCACAGAAGCCCGCCAAAACCACCGGCAAAACAGCCCUGAAGAUAAGCCAGCAGGCGGUGACGAGUCACAGUUUGAGAUGGACAUUUAAAGGACCAGCCGUCAGAUCAAGUAAUGCCUCUGGGCCCCUCCGGCCCUUCUCCGGAGAGUCAGUUAUCAUCCUGGGCAGGCACUGGGUGUGGGGUCAACCACCCCAGUCUUCUGCUCCCUCAGUCAGGGCACCUGCUUCCCUUCCUCUUGGUGAACACCAGCAGAUACCUCUAUGUGCCUCCAUUCAUGCAAGAGCUGGCACCCCAAGGGGAGUGACUCUCAAGAGCACACACCCUGCAGCCUGGGGCCAGGACAUGGACUUGGAGGAGCCCUUCUGAAUGAUCAUCCGGCUCUCCCUCUAAGGGCAUACCCACCCCUUUCUUAGGUUGGUGUGCUUGGGGAAGCCCCCGCCCCUUCCCCCAAGAGAGGAAAUAAAAGUCACC